AUGAAGAUCAACAACUUCUAUGCUGCAGUGGAAGGUGGCUCACUCGAUUUGGAGCAGUAUUGCUCCUUCCUCCUCCUCAACACCUCCGCGAACUCCAAGCACACCAUCCUGAGCCCAUGGAUGAGGAGCAGCAGUGAACACUGCAGGCUGGCUGUGUCCGUGCACAGGCAUCUGCAGCCUUCUGGGAGGUAUGUCGCCCAGCUGCUGCCCCACAACGAGCCUGGAAGAGAGAUCCUCCUGGUACCCACUCCGGGAAAGCAUGGAUGGACGGUGCUUCAGGGAAGAAUUGGGCGCCCAGAGAAUCCCUUCCGAGUGGCCCUGGAAUAUAUCUCAAGUGGAAACCGAAGUUUGUCUGCAGUGGACUUCUUUGCCCUGAAGAACUGCAGUGAAGGAACAUCCCCGGGCUCCAAGAUGGCCUUGCAGAGUUCCUUCACCUGCUGGAACGGGACCGUCCUCCAGCUCGGGCAGGCCUGCGACUUCCACCAGGACUGUGCCCAGGGAGAAGAUGAGGACCAGCUGUGCAGUAAACUCCCUGCUGGUUUUUACUGCAACUUCGAGGAUGGCUUCUGUGGCUGGACUCAGGGCACACUCGCACCCCACAACCCCCGGUGGCAGGUCAGGACCCUGAAGGAUGCCCGGGGCCAGGACCACCGAGGCCACGCCCUGUUGCUCAGCACCACUGACGUCCCUACUUCUGAAAGUGCUACAGUGACCAGCGCUACGUUUCCCGCCCCGAUGAAGAACUCUCCAUUUCAUUGGCUGUUCACCACGUGCGGGGCCAGUGGGCCCCAUGGCCCCACACAGGCGCAGUGUAACAAUGCCUACCGGAAUACCAACCUGAGCGUGGUGGUGGGGAGCGAGGGCCCCCUGAAAGGCAUCCAGACCUGGAAGGUGCCAGCCACCGACACCUACAGCAUCUCGGGCUACGGAGCUGCUGGUGGGAAAGGCGGGAAGAAUACCAUGAUGCGGUCCCAUGGCGUGUCUGUGCUGGGCAUCUUCAACCUGGAGAAGGGCGACACACUGUAUAUCCUGGUUGGACAACAGGGGGAAGACGCCUGCCCCAGCACGAACCGAUUAAUCCAGAAAGUCUGCAUUGGAGAGAACAACGUGAUAGAAGAAGAAAUCCGCGUGAACAGAAGUGUGCAUGAGUGGGCAGGAGGGGGUGGAGGAGGAGGUGGAGCCACCUACGUGUUCAAGAUGAAGGACGGCGUGCCCAUGCCCCUGAUCAUUGCAGCUGGCGGUGGUGGCAGGGCCUACGGGGCCAAGACAGACACGUUCCACCCAGAGAGACUGGAGAAUAACUCCUCGGUUCUGGGGCUGAAUGGCAACUCCGGAGCCGCAGGUGGCGGAGGUGGCUGGAAUGAUAACACUUCCUUGCUCUGGUCUGGAAAAUCUUUGCUGGAGGGUGCCACCGGAGGACAUUCCUGCCCCCAGGCCAUGAAGAAGUGGGGGUGGGAGACAAGAGGGGGUUUCGGAGGGGGUGGAGGGGGGUGCUCCUCAGGUGGAGGAGGCGGAGGAUAUAUAGGCGGCAACGCGGCCUCAGACAAUGACCCCGAGAUGGACGGGGAGGACGGGGUUUCCUUCAUCAGUCCGCUGGGCAUCCUGUAUACCCCCGCUCUAAAAGUGAUGGAGGGCCACGGGGAAGUGAAUAUUAAGCAUUAUCUAAACUGCAGCCACUGUGAGGGAGACGAGUGCCACAUGGACCCCGAGAGCCACAAGGUCAUCUGCUUCUGUGACCACGGGACAGUGCUGGCUGAGGAUGGCGUCUCCUGCAUUGUGUCCCCCACCCCAGAGCCCCACCUGCCGCUCUCACUGGUCCUGUCGGUCGUGACCUCGGCCCUCGUGGCCGCCCUGGUCCUGGCUUUCUCCGGCAUCAUGAUUGUGUACCGCCGGAAGCACCAGGAGCUGCAAGCCAUGCAGAUGGAGCUUCAGAGCCCUGAGUACAAGCUGAGCAAGCUCCGCACUUCCACCAUCAUGACUGACUACAACCCCAACUACUGCUUUGCUGGCAAGACCUCCUCCAUCAGUGACCUGAAGGAGGUGCCUCGGAAAAACAUCACCCUCAUCCGGGGACUGGGCCAUGGUGCGUUUGGGGAGGUGUAUGAAGGUCAGGUGUCCGGAGUGCCCAGCGACCCGAGCCCCCUGCAAGUGGCCGUAAAGACGCUGCCUGAAGUGUGUUCUGAACAGGACGAACUGGAUUUCCUCAUGGAAGCCCUGAUUAUCAGCAAAUUCAACCACCAGAACAUCGUGCGCUGUAUUGGGGUGAGUCUGCAAGCCCUGCCCCGAUUUAUCCUGCUGGAGCUCAUGGCAGGAGGAGACCUCAAGUCCUUCCUCCGGGAGACCCGCCCUCGCCCGAACCAGCCCUCUUCCCUGGCCAUGCUGGACCUUCUGCACGUGGCUCGGGACAUCGCCUGUGGCUGUCAGUAUUUGGAGGAAAAUCACUUCAUCCACCGGUCCUUUGGAGUGCUGCUGUGGGAAAUAUUUUCUCUUGGGUACAUGCCAUACCCCAGCAAAAGCAACCAGGAAGUUCUGGAGUUCGUCACCAGCGGAGGACGGAUGGACCCACCUAAGAACUGCCCUGGGCCUGUAUACCGGAUAAUGACCCAGUGCUGGCAACAUCAGCCUGAAGAUAGGCCCAACUUUGCCAUAAUUUUGGAGAGGAUUGAAUACUGCACCCAGGACCCAGAUGUGAUCAACACGGCUUUGCCCAUAGAGUAUGGCCCACUCGUGGAAGAGGAGGAGAAGGUGCCCAUGAGGCCCCAAGACCCGGAAGGUAUUCCUCCUCUCCUCGUCUCUCCUCCACAAGCCAAACGGGAGGAAGGACAGGAUCCCGCUGCCCCGCCCCCCCUGCCUUCCACUUCCUCGGGCAAAGCCGUGAAGAAGCCCACGGCGGCGGCGCUCUCCGUUCGAGUCCCAAGAGGGCCAGCCGUGGAAGGAGGACACGUUAAUAUGGCAUUCUCCCAGUCCAACCCACCAUCAGAGCUGCACAAAGUCCAAGGAUCCAGAAACAAACCGACCAGCCUCUGGAACCCAACGUAUGGGUCAUGGUUUACAGAGAAACCCACCAAAAAGAACAAUCCUCCAGCAAAGAAGGAGCACCAGGAGAGGGGAAAUCUGGGGCGUGAGGGAAGCUGUACUGUCCCACCUAACGUGGCACCUGGCCGACUCCCGGGUGCCUCUCUGCUCCUAGAGCCAUCCUCGCUGACUGCCAACAUGAAGGAAGUGCCUCUGUUCAGGCUGCGCCACUUCCCGUGUGGAAACGUCAACUAUGGCUACCAGCAGCAGGGCUUACCAUUGGAGGCCACCUCUGGCCCCGGGACUGGUCAUUAUGAGGACACCCUUCUGAAACACCAGCCUGGGCCCUGAGCCCCCCUGGCCCUCGUUUCUCUUCCUUGGGAAGCCUGAGCCCACGGAGGAGGGCCAGGUCAUGGCUCCAGAGACCAAAUGUCACUUUUCAUUCUGUGCCAGCUUGUUUUGAAGUGCCCCAUACACAGCUCUAUUUUUCAAAAAUGCUUUAGAAAAAGGUUUUGAGCAUGGGUUCAUCUUAUUCUUUCAAAAGAAGAAAACAUCGUAGAGACAAGUGAUAACUGCAAGGCCCCGAUUGAGUUGCAGAAGAUUUUUUUGUGCAUGGUUGACAUCCACGUCCUCCUGCUCACUCACAUUGCGUGUGCUCUGCUCAACGCGGUCAGCAUUAGCUGCUCAUGUGGCUCCGAGUUGGAGUCACAGGUGUUUCCUGACCUUGCAGGUGUGGACCCGGACCACUUGAAGCGGGGAGGAAACAGAAAUAAAGGAGUUACUUUCAGGAGCCGGCAUGGGGAAAGACGCUCUUUACUGGGAAACGAGACAUCACAGACAACUAGCUGAAAUGUCCCUUUAGGUGAUGUCUGGAUGCUUCCGAUUGUGCCGAUUCGCUGAUGAUUGUAAACAUGUGAUGAAUAGUUACGGUGCGAUAGAGAAAAUGCGCAUAUACUCAUCUGAACGAAAAGCAGAUAUUCAGCGUACUCUGAGUAUGAUAAAGACACAGUCCGUCCAGAUCCAGAGAUUCAAACAUCCUGUCAAUAUACCUCAUGCCUUAAGAAAACCCUCCUACUAAAGGGGGCCUGAGUGCGAGGUUUCCUGCCGGACUGAAAGCUCGAGAUUUGAAUUCUUACUUAAUUUAAAACUUCCCACUAAUUAAAAUCAACUCUGAUCAUUUAAAAGCAAAAUUUGUAAGCAGCAGUGAUACAUCGAAGCCUAGACACAUGCCCCUUCAUGGGCCUAGGUGUCGAUACGUCCCAGGCCCAAACCUUCCAGCAGUUUCCAUCACGAAGGUUAAGCACAGGGACGUUUCCACCUGCAGUGGCAGGCGGGUCACUGGACGCCCAGGCCCUCGGUGGUCCUGAGAGGUGCAGCGUCCACCCUUCCAGUGUCCAUCUACCUUCAUCCUCCUGCAGCAUGUGAUCCCAGCGUACAUGGGAACACUGAUUUGCUCACAUAGGCACGACAUCCUUGGUAUAGCUCCCAAAUACAGAUGGAAACAGGACUCCCCCUCUGGGUGGCAAAGGAACAGCGGGGCACUGGCGUGUGGAGAUGGACAUUGCCACGUGAUAGUGGGGGCUCCGAACUUGGGUUUUCACAGAUGACAUUGAUUUCCAUGAAAACGAACUGCGAAUGGGUUAAGUUUUCCACACACGUACUUGGGCAAUAAUGCUUUAUCAGUGACCUUUCAUUUCAUUCUUUCUUUCUGCUUCUCCUCCAUUCCUUUGCUCAGCUGCUUUCCUGGUGGGGGCUGUGCCGAAACAUUGCUUUGGGAGGACAGCAUUUUUCCAUGACUUGAUAGGCUCUAAGCAUCCCCAAGUGCUUUGAGGAUCUCCACCUUCUCCCCCGCCUCCUCACUCUCCCCUAGGUCACAAGUAUCGCUGUAGAUGUGGAAAAGCCAUUCUGAUCCAGGCCAACACUAGACAAGUGUCCAUUCUGUUUGAGGCAGAUGCCUCGCCCUGGUUGGGGGUCCUGCACAUCUGUAGAAGCACUCAUACCCUGGACACCACUUUUCCUUUAUCCUAACUGCCAAAAAUAUUCUCCCCAGACCACAGAUGAUGCUGAAACAUCAACGAACUCAUCUCUAAAUAACCGUAUCAGUAAAGUUUUGGCUCAUGCCAGGUGCAAAAGUAAAUAGUCUAAUUAUAUAAUCUAAUUCAUAAACCACUAGCAGGGCCCAAGAAUGAUACAUUGAGAAGCUCUCUCCUAAAGGAUAAUGACAGAGGAGCUGACAAGAACUGAGAAGAACAAUUUCAUUUUAUAUCUGUAACACCAGUAACCAGUUAAACAGGGAGCAUGCUACAUGGUGAAAUAGCCAACUCUUUAUUGUCAUUAAUGGGGAAAAAAAUCGUAUCCCUUCCUCUUCUUAGAAACUACAAAUCCAUUACAUUUUCAGGUUGUGCCUUACUACCACUGAGUUUGAUUUGCUGAUUCUAAUUGUCUUCAUUGGUAUCAAUUUUCAUGUAAAUGAUAGUCAAGUCUUAAAAGCCUGUAUACAUGGAUAAGUAAAUAAACAACUCCACACUGA